CGGUGCAUGGUAUCAUAGGGGACGAGUUGACACGCGCGAUGCGGGGUUGGAGUGGGUUGGCGCUUCGCUGUUUUGACUUAUUUGCUUUCUGAACUAUUCCUCGCCUAACAGUUGCGCCCUGCGGACCUCCGGUGCUACGCCAUGCCGUGCACAGUGAGCACCGAGUACAUCUCAGCUGCCUGCAGCUGCACACCAGGCGCGCUGGACUGGGGCCACGGUGGCCGGCUGUGCUUCGGCUCGUGCCAGGCGCUGGCGGUGGCGGAGCCGCUGCCCGGCGGCGACACUGGCUUCCGGCUCACCAACACGCUGCACCACCACGCCGGCGAUGUCAUCGCGUGCCGCUGGGCGCGCGAGCUGCCGUCCGACGCAGCGCUGCCGCUGGCGGUGACCGGCUCACGCGACCAUGCGGCAGCGCUCUGGGACAUGGCGUCAGAGCCGCCGGCCGUGGCGGCGCGGCUCGUGGGCCACGGCGGCCCCCCCUGGCUGCUGGUCGGCUCGGACGACGCCGCCAUCGUGGUGUUCGCGCCCGGCGAGGACGGCGCGUACGCUGCGGCGCUGCGCCUAGUCGGCCACGAGGACUGGGUGCGCUGCCUAGAUGUCGCGGUCGUCGGCGGCGACCUGCUGCUCGCCUCUGGGGGCCAGGACGCCACGAUCCGCGUGUGGACGGUGCGCGAGGCCGACGACGCGGCGGAGCAGCCCGACCUGCUCCGCCUGCACAGCCAGACGAUAGCGGCGCGCGACCGCUGCGGCCGGCCGCUGCUGCUCACCGUCACGCUCGAGUCGGUGCUCUCCGGCCACGAGGGCCGCGUGUACGGGCUGCGCUGGCGGCCGCGUGCCGCGCGCGCCACCGCCGCGCCGCCGCUGGCGUCAGCGGCCAUGGACGGCGCGCUGCUCGUGUGGGAGCGCGACGCCGCCACCGGCGUCUGGGUGGAGGCGGCGCGGCUCGGCGCCGUCGGCGGCAGCGGCUUGGGCUUGCUCGGCUGCGCGUGGAGCCCGCGUGGCGACCGGCUGGCGGCGCAGGGCCAGCGCGGCGCGCUGCACGUCUGGGCCGAGGCCGAGCCGGGCCUGUGGCGACCGGCCGUGCCGUGCGGGGGCCACGCCGGCCCCGUCAGUGACCUCGCCUGGGCACCCGGCGGCGGGUACCUGCUGACCUGCGGCCGCGACCAGACGACGCGCCUGCACGGCCGCUGGGCGUCGGCCGGCUCGUGGCACGAGAUGGGCCGGCCACAGGUGCACGGUCACGACCUGGACUGCCUGGCCGCCGUCUCCGACGCGCGCUUCGCAUCCGGGGCGGAGGAGAAGGUAGCGCGCGCGUUCGCCAUGCCGGUGGCAGUGCGCGAGACGCUGGCGACGCUGUGCGGCCCGGACGCCGCGCCGCCGCCGGAGGAGGCACUGCCCGAUGGCGCCGCCGUGCCCUCGCUCGGGCUCAGCAACAAGCCCGUGUUCGCCACCGAGGAGACGGCGCAGCCGAUGGCGCGCCGCGACCAGCCGGCGGACGCAUGCUUCGUGCGGCCGCAGCUGCGGGCGCCGCCCACCGAGGAGACGCUCCUGCAGGACACGCUCUGGCCCGAGCUGCGCAAGCUCUACGGCCACGGCUUCGAGCUGCUGGCGAUGGCGGCCAGCGGCGACGGCCGGCUGCUGGCCACGGCGUGCCGCGCUGCGCACCCGGAGCACGCCGCCGUCCUGCUCUGGGAGACGGCCGACUGGCGGCAGGUCGGUGCGCUCGGCGGCGUGCACCAGCUGUCCGUGGUGCAGCUGGCUUUCUCGCCCGACGACCGCCGCCUGCUGACCGUGUCGCGGGACCGCACCUGGUCCGUGUUCGAGCGCGUGGAGUCCGAGCCGCCGGCGGAAGGGUCGGAACGGGUGGCGCCGCUGUACAGGCUGGCCGCGCGCGGCGUGCGCGCGCACUCGCGCAUCAUCUGGUGCUGCGCCUGGCUGCCGGACGGCGGUGGUUUCGUGACCGGCUCGCGCGACGGUCAGCUGCUGCGCCGCGAGGGCGCGCCGUACCGGCCCGGAGCGGCGGUCACCGCCGUCGCCGCCGCGCCAUCCGGCCUGUUUGCCGUAGGCCUGGAGACGGGCUGCGUCCGGCUGCUGAACUGGAGCGCCGCGGGCGGCUGGGUGGAGCAGGCGGCGCUCGACACCAGCGCCGCCCACCACAGCGCGGUGAAGAGGCUGCAGUUCCGGCCCGGCCCGCAGGAGGGCGCCACUGACCUGCUGGCGUCGUGCGCGGCGGAUCACGCCGUCAAGCUGCACCGGAUCAAGUGGGGCGAGAACGGGUGCGGGUCGGAGGACACUGAGCGACGUCCCUCGGUGAACUGUGAUGAUCGGGGUACUGGGGUUCCGGGUGAACACGCAGCACCGGCCAACACGAGUGGCGUGAAUUAGCUAUUUGCGAUGAAUACAUAACGAUUAUUUGCAA